AUGCUAAUAACAGUUUAAAGGCUUGUUCCAAGAAAUCCAAAGUAUGUCAUUUUACUUACGAAUAAACUAGUAAUACAAAUAAUGAUACUAAUAAUACAAAAUGCACUAAAAUAGAAUGCAGGAACAGUCCUAAUUGUUCUCCUGUCUUGGAGUUUUGAUGAAAGUUAGGUUACUGUAUGUAUUUAGAAAUCUAAAAAUGAGUGUGUUGUAGGACUCCCACAUUAACUUUCAGAGAGUAGAUGUUACAUCAAGAGUCAUUCAACAUAUAGGUGGAAUCCCAGUACUCUUAAAUGUGAAAAGUGCGUGGCAACACAAGUAACUAACGAAACGCCACAUGAAGAUUCAUUUCAAUUAUUAUUUACAUCAAUUAUACUUAUGCUAAUUAUCGUAGCAAUAUGA